CUUUCGAAGUACAAACGAGUUUCGUUGAAAGCAUUGUUGGAUAACGCAACAGGUUAUUACAUUCUUGUCGGUCAAUAAUUGAUAGAGGAAAGUUUUAUUAAAAUGACUUGAUAACUUUGACCCUGAAAUGUGUGUUGGUCUCAGUAAUGGAAAAGAAAUGACUGGUCGCAGAUAACUCAAAUUUUGAGGCUGCAAACGAACGCGCUAUGUACAAUGGCAUCGCCUGUAAAAAGAGAAAUGGUAUACAUUGAGGACCCCCUUGCACUUACUCAAGCUGAUGUAAAACAAGAGAAUUCGUUCGAUAUAACAACAGAAUGCAGCAUAGAAGACAACAGUUCACAAGAUUGGCAAAACUCAGUCCUGAUAAAGGAGGAGAUUGAGAUUGCAGAGGGCUGGGAACUAGCUGGAGAAGAAGCAAGUAUAUAUUUCGAACCAGAGAUGUGCAUUACAGAGGACCAGUGGACACUAGAGAAUUUGCAGGACAAAUUUCCUAAUGGAGAAAAUAGGUUAGCUGCUCAAAGUAAUCAGAAGGAGAGCUGUGGUGAUGAUAUUGAAGUCAUUGACUUGGCGUCUGAUGAUAAUGUUGAGGAAACAACAAUGGAUGUUAAACCUAAAACUGCUCCGAUACUGCGCCGACUAUUGGAACAGGGCCCGGCGUGGGACGAACCUGGGCCGGAGGAGGAGCCCGCAUUCUCCUGCAAGCAGUGUGGUGUGGCUGCUGAGAGUGCCUCGGAGCUGGCGACGCUGUGCGCGUGGCACACUGGCGAGCGGCCCUUUUCGUGCACGACCUGCGAAAAGCGGUUCGCUACACGGGUGCAGCUCUGCAUACACAGCAUCGCGCACUCGCGGGGGCAGCCCUUCCCCUGCCUCGUAUGCGGCGAGGAGAUAUCGCGGAUGGCCCACUUCCGCCACCACAUGGUGCUGCACGACGACUCCAGGAACCGCCCGCCCCGGCGCUGCCUCCACUGCCGCCGCACUUUCCGCGGGGACCAUUUGCGUUUUAUAUGGUUGUCUUUCUACAAAGAAGGAACCCGGCAUUUUGAAUGUCACUGUUAUCCUCUUCCAGACGAGAAUUCCUUGUAAGUUGUGUCCUCACAGAUGUGAUAUUUGUUGUGAUUGAUUGCGAGAGAAUAUUUGUAAAAUAAUGCUAUUAAUUGUUGACUGUGUUGUUCAUUGUUUACAAAAGUUUAUUUAAUAAAGUAAUGUACAAUUUUUCAAAAACA